AUGUCGCUACGCGUCGCGGCCGUGCAAGCGGCAGUGGACUUGGCGCACAUCAGCGAACUGGCGUAUCGCCGCUCCAGCAACCAGUCCUACCACGAACUGCUGACGGUCAAGCUGCGCCAGUUCCCCUACCCCACGUACCACGAGGACACCGACAACACCAUGUUCCUCGUAGGCUUGCGCUUCGGCGUCGCGUACGCGUGGCCCUUCUGCCUGGUCAUCACCCGGGCCAUCGAGGAGCGCCAGAGCGGCAUGCAGCUGUUCACGAAGCUGAUGGGCGUUCCGCGAACCUGGUUCUGGGUGAUCCAAUACAUUUGCGCCAUGUGUACAUGGACACUGAGCAGUGUGCUGGUGCUGGCCAUGAUGAGCCAAAUCAUCGGUCCUCAAGGAUUGGCCUUCAUAUUCCGCACCAACCCGACGGUGGUCUUCUCGGCCCUGCUCAUCUUCAACUCAGCAUAUGUCCUCAUCGGCCUCUUCACCUCGUUAUUCUUCAACACAGUGAGUCUGGGUCUGACGUGCGGCCUGAUCCUGUGGACGGUGUCUCUCUUGGGUCCCUUCCUAUCGCUGGAGUGGUCGGCGCGCACGGUGUCCGCCUACAUCGCGACCAAGGGCAGUUCCAAAAUAGCCGCCUCUGUGAUUCCCAUACACGGGCUGUAUUUCUUCUUCCGCAUUGUCGAGUUCUACGAGUCUUACGAUGUGGCGUUCGGAUGGCCCGCCAUCUACCGGAAGGCACUGGGUAGGGACAACGUGACUCCGUUCACCGUCCUGCUGUGCAUGGGUAUCAGCUCGUUCGUGUUCAGCGUCGCCAUCUGGUAUCUGGAGGCCGUGCUACCGUGGACCAACGUGGUGCCGCUGCCGCUCCACUUCCCCUUCAUGGCGAGCUACUGGAACGUGAUCGAGGAGGAGAUCAAGGUGGCUGGUAGCCAAGAGAGCAGCCACUCGCAGGAGGAAGGCGAAGAUAACUUCGAGGAAGAACCGCGCCAUCUGCUGCUCGUGCUCGAGACCAUCGAUCUGUGCAAGCUUUACCGCAAGAAAUUUGCGGUGGAUCACCUGAACAUGCGGCUUUACUACGGCCAGAUCUUUGUCCUGCUGGGUCACAAUGGCGCCGGCAAAACAACCAUCUGCAGCAUGCUCUCCGGGUUUUUGCGACCGACGUACGGCACUGCCAUCAUCGAAGGAUUCGACCUGAUCAAAAACCAUGACGACUCUCUGGAGAACGUCCGCGUUUGUCCUCAGAAGAAUAUGCUGUACGAAGACCUGACCGUCUACGAGCACCUUUACUUUUUCGCAAUCGUGCUAAUUCUGGAUGAGCCGACGGCUGGCCUCGACCCCCAGAGCCGCCACGAGAUGUGGGACCUGCUGCAGAAGAUGCGCCGUACGUGCACCAUUCUCCUGACAACGCACGACAUGGAAGAAGCAGACGUCGUUGGAGACCGAAUCGCCAUCCUCUCCGAGGGGACCAUACGCUGCUGCGGAUCGUCGCAGUUUCUCAAAAAUCGAUUUGGUACGGGCUACCAUCUGUUGAUCAGCAAGCGGGUGCGACAGUGCGACGUACAGGGCAUCGUGUUGGUGGUGAAAGCGUAUGUGCCCAAUGUCCAGCUGGUGUCCGAAAGCGCUGACAUGCUGCACCUCUCCCUUGGGGUGACCUCGUCCGAGGAACUCGUGGGCAUGUUCAAGGUGCUCGAACGCUUUCGUUUCAAGCUCGGCAUAGUGAAGAUGAGCGUCUCCGUCACAACCAUGGAAGACGUGUACCUCAGGAUCGCCAAUGAGCUGAUGGAAGAGCAGGCGGAGACCAUGGCAAGCGUGGCGAAGAAUCAGCCGGAGGAGCCGGUGGACUUGAACGAACUGCGCGCGAACUGCGACGGCUGCGUAUGGCGCACAUCGACGAUGCAGAAGGUGAUCGCACUUCUCCGUAAACGCAGCCAGUACGCCCGUCACCAGUGGCUCCUGCCGGUGCUGGGAAUAUUCGCGCCUGGAUUGAUGCUCGCGUUGCAGGGAUACCGAGAGAGCACCAGGGGAACGGCAGCGCUCUCCGUGAGGGACGUGUACUCGUACGACCUGAAAGCGAUGUACAAUUUCAGCGUCAGCGCUGUGAUCACGGCCGACGAUGACUCCGCGCUAGUUUCUCACUACUACCGUCAGUUCAUCGAGCAAAAGGGCGUCCCCUUGCUGCUGGAGAAGUUGCUGAACAAUGGCCUUUAG